UUAAAUAUUUAGUUAGCUAGCUGCUAUCUGCGGAAGAAGAGGCACGUUGCAGCUAAAAAAACAAGCAUUGUUUUUGAGCUGAUUACGUGGUAGACUUUUUGUAAAUUCGGUCACCGAUUAUAAUUCCUAUAACCAAGGUAACGUUAGCUGGGCAUAAACAGCGUUGCGUUCUCCGAUUUGGGCUUACUAGAUAGUGAACUCGAUUAGCUAGCUUAUUUAGCUAGCUAGCGUCAACUGAGUGAGGUUUUUUUUUUUUCACUGACGACAUGGCUCACUCCCCGGUUCAGAGUGGCAUUCCAGGGAUGCAGGUAAGUUAUUUCACCGUCCUGUCAGCUUAUCAAGUGGUCGGUCUCCUUCAAUUUAUUUGCAGUACUUUUAAAGUUUAGCAAACACCCUAGCUGCUGUAACGUCGUUACUGACUCAAGGAAGUCGACUUUAUUAUUGAUAUUGUCACACCCACACUAGCUAGUUGUGUUAACUCGUUUUUUUACUAGCUAGUCAACUAUGGGAAGACAUAAGGUAUUGGAUAAUUUGCACCUGAAAGAGGCCCACUGAUGAGGCCAAUCUAUUUUGUCAUAUGUAUGUUGAGCAGAGAUGUGGCCAUAUUGGCCCCAUGUGUUGUAGCAUGUCUCUGCCAGUGCUGCUGUAGUCCCUUUUAGAAUCCAGAGUGGAAUACUUAAAUAUCCGUUGAAUACUAAUACGUUUUUCCCGAAAAAUGUACCAUACCGCCAACGUUUUUCCGCCUUUUCUUUGUAUCUGAUAGGUAUUGCCGGUAUCAAAUUCGAAUAUUUUAUUUCCGCCAAACCACCUAGUAAUCAUUUCAGUGAAGUUCAACCUACAGGCUUAAGUAAGAAACGUAGCAGCAAUGCUGAGGCGGCAUUUCACUUACACUAAGCUCUUAAACUCUUGAUGGUUGCUAGGCAGCGCCCUGUUACCAUCCUCCUGGCAGUUCUAAACUUUGCAUAGCCCAUAACUAAGCAGUGGUGUAAAAAUAAUUUAAAGUACUACUUAAGUCGUUUUUUGGGGUAUCUGUACUUUACUAUUGAUAUUUUUGACUACUUUUACUUAAUUCCUAAAGAAAAUAAUGUACUUUUUACGCCAUACAUUUUCCCUGACACCCAAAAGUACUUGUUUACCCUUUGCAAAGAGCAAAUAACACACCAGAUUUCGCGGACUUCACUAAAGGGCGUUAACGUUAGAGUUGAACGUUCUUAACAUGGCAUUUGCGUUACAUUUGGGCAUAUUAUCCAUUGUGUCACGUCACCCAACACCCUACCAUGACACUUCAUGUAACAGUAUAUGGCCAGUGUGCACUUUUGCACUUCAUUGAGCUGGCAAGCUUCUAUCUACUCAGCACUCACCGUAGAAGCAGUAACAGUUAGUUCACUUUCCUCUCCGAAUGGUAUUUGAUGCUGGGUGAUAGUGUCCAGUCUUGCUGUAGCGCGCCAAGACAAGAUAGGCUUAUAGCCAUGUAAAGAGCGCCCUCUUCAGGACAAAUAAUGAAAUUCAAAACAAAAAGUAAUUCUAUGAAGAUCAGCUUUUUUUUUUGCAUUUUCGCCUCAUUUUAUAUCGGUCCUUUUCGGUGGAUUAAACACCGAUACAAAAACAUUGGUAAAAGUUCAAAUAUCGGCCAAUUUUUUAAUUUUUUAUGUCGUUCUACCGAUAAAUUGGUCGGGCUCUAUUUUUUUAGGCCAACUUCUUUCAGAUUGAAUAUCCAUGGGGUAACCAUGGUAACAGUCUGAUGUAUUAGGCCAGGGGUUCCCAACCUUUUUCACUCUGGCCCCACUUCCAGCAUUGGGGAACAUCCCGCGCCCCCCCGUGCACGCACACCUCUAUUUCUAUGGGCACAUUUUGUCAUAGGAUGCAAAGAAAAUGUUGCAGUUUUAAAGAACAUUUCCUUGCAAUUCUAUACAUUUUGCCAUGUCUAAUGUGUAUUCAUGUGAUAUUAGUGAAAAAAAAAUUACAACAAUCUCUAUGGGCUACAAAACCUAAAUAAAAUUGUUUUAGCUGACAUGGGCUAGUUGAUCUGGACAUUUCUGACAAGUUAUCAAUAACUCUCUAAGGUAUACAAUGACUAACACGACAAGAGGAACUGAUGAUGCACUACCCAAUUUCGAAAUUGCACCUUGUGCAUUCUACUAUUACAACUUUCAAGAGUAAGUUUAAAGCUGGACUGAGUUCCUUAAAAAAAAAAAAAACCUAGGGUGCGCCCCACAGUUUGGGAACCACUGUAUUAGGCAACCAUUCCGUUUAUUUUUUUAAUUUUUUUUACCCCUUUUUCUACCCAAUUGGUAGUUACAGUGUUGUCCCAUCGCUGCAACUCCCGUACGGACUCCAGGCCUGCCGCAGGAGUCGCUAGAGUGCGAUGGGACAAGGACAUCCCGGCUGGCCAAACCCUCCGGUAACCCGGACGACACUGGGCCAAUUGUGCGCCGCCUCAUUUUGUUACGUUACAGCCUUAUUCUAAAAUUAAAUACAUUGUUAUUUUUUGCAAAUGUAUAAAAACAAAAAAAAGCGAUUACAGCCUUGAGUCUACUUGGGUAUGACACUACAAGCUUGGCACACCUGUAUUUGGGGAGUUUCUCCCAUUCUUCAUUGCAGAUCCUCUCAAGCUCAGGUAAGGUUGGAUGGGAAGUGUCGCUGCACAGCUAUUUUCAGGUCUCUCCAGAGAUGUUCGAUCAAGUUCAAUUCCGGGCUCUGGCCACUCAAGGACAUUCAGAGACUUGUCCUGAAGCUACUCCUGCGUUGUCUUGAAUGUGUGCUUAGGGUCGUUGUGCUGUUUUAAGGUGAACCUUCGUCCCAGUCUGAGGUCCUGAGUGCUCUGGAGCAGGUUUUCAUCAAGGAUCUCUCUGUACUUUUCUCCGUUCAUCUUUGCCUCGAUCCUGACUAGUCUCCCAGUCCCUGCCGCUGAAAAACAUCCCCACAGCAUGAUGCUGCCACCACCAUGCUUCACCGUAGGGAUGGUGCCAGGUUUCCUUCAGACGUGAUGCUUGGCAUUCAGGCUAAAGAGUUCAAUCUUGGUUUCAUCAGACCAGAGAAUCUUGUUUCUCAUGGUCUGAGAGUCCUUUAGGUGCCUUUUGGCAAACUCCAAGCAGGCUGUCAUGUGCCUUUUACUGAGAAGAGGCUUCCGUCUCCCGAGUGCUGCAGAGAUGGUUGUCCUUCUGGAAGGUUCUCCCAACUCCACAGAGGAACUCUGGAGCUCUGUCAGAGUGAGCAUUGGGUUCUUGGUCACCUCCCUGACCAAGGCCCUUCGCCCCUGAUUGCUCAGUUUGGCCAGGCGACCAGCUCUAGGAAGAGUCUUGGUGGUUCCAAACAUCUUCCAUUUAAGAAUGAUGGAGCCCACUGUGUUCUGCAAUGCUGCAGAAAUGUUUUGGUACCUUUCCCCAGAUCUGUGCCUCAACAAUAUCCUGUCUCGGAGCUCUACGGACAAUUCCUUCGACCUCAUGGCAUGGUUUUUGCUCUGACAUCCACUGUCAACUGUGGGACCAUAUAUAGACAGGUGUGUGCCUUUCCAAAUCAUGUCCAAUCAAUUGAAUUGACCACAAUCAAGUUGUAGAAACAUAUCAAGGAUGAUCAAUGGAAACAGGAUGCACUUGAGCUCAAUUUCGAGUCUCAUAGCAAAGGGUCUGAAUACUUAUGUAAAUCAGGUAUUUCUGUUAUUUUUAAUACAUUUGCCAAAAUGUCUAAACCUGUUUUCGCUUUGUCAUUAUGGGGUAUUGUGUGUAAAAUGUAAUCCAUUUUAGAAUAAGGCUGUAACAUUACAACAAGUGGAAAAAGUCAAGGGGUCUGAAUACUUUCCGAAUGCACUGUAUCAGCUAUUUAGUAUGUUGCUAGAAUAAGAAGUUACGGGCUAAUUAAGAGUAUGCUUGCCAUUUUAGCCAAAUCCUCAGCCAUAAGUUGGAUGCAAAACAUUCCUUUAGUAUUACACUAAUGCACAUUACGUUUUUGCGUUUUUCUCAGAGGCCAUGCAUUCUAAGGAGGACUCAAAGGAUAAAUGAAUAAACACAUUUUAAUCAAUAAGUAAACAUAAUAGACAAAACCCCAACAUGGCCGAUUCCUCAUGAAAAUUAGAACAAAAAGAGACCAUUAUUUUGGGGAUUUUCACUAAAUGUUAUCCAUAGAAGGGUCCUUUAGAGGAAGGAUUGUUGACAUAUAUUUGACAUUUGUAUCUUAACUUCCAAACUAGCAGAAAUCCCACUCUGGAACUUUGAUAGCCCCUAGAGUAUAUUAUGUUCAACAAUAUAUUGACAAAUUUGCCAAAUCAAAAAUGGUAUUUUCUAUAUUAAUGUUUAUAUUUUUCAAUCUUCAUGAAUUAAUGUAAGCAAAUUAUUCAAAUGUAAGUACUACUCAUAUUACAGAGCAAGUGGUAAAGCUUCAUAUGACACCAGUUUUUGCUUCGUAGCGCUUACAGAUUAAACAUUAUGGUGUCUUAAAGUAGGCCUGGGUAAGGCCAAAAGGUCACAAAUGCUCCAACUUCAAUGAAUUAUUUCUCAAUUACGCUUUAAUGUCAUAUAUACAAAUGUCAAAUAUGUCAACAAUCCUCCAAAGGAUCCUUCUAUUGAUUACAUUUUUGAAAGUCCCCAAUAUCAUGGUUAUGUUCUAGUUUCGUGAGGACUCACCCACAUGUUAUUGAGGUGUCUGCUAUUUUUUAGGCAGUGGAAAGUAAAUCUUUACUCUUUAACAAGAAAGCUGCCAGCACAUUACUUAUCUCGUAAAAAUGAGGUCACUUGGUCUUUCCCCAUUCAGACAAUGGGAAUAUGACUGACAUUCUCAUGAGGCGCUGUGGCAUAUCCUUGAGUAGGGCUGUGACAGUCAUGGAAAUUUGGAUGACUGUUAUUGGUCAGCCAAAUGACCGUUGUCACUGUUACAAGUUUUUAUUUAAUUUUACAUUUUUAAAAGAGGCACAUUUUCUCUUCUCCUCCGCUCCUGACUGCAUGUGCUGCUGCUGCAGGCAGGAGGGCGUUGUCUGGUAAACCGAAGACUUGUUUGCUUGUUUAAGCAAGGACCGAAUGUUUAAUCAUAUAAAGAGUCCAUGUAACCGCGGAAACAAACUCAAUUGCUGAAAUGCCCGGCUGUCCAGUCUUCAGUCACCAGUUUGUUCCACCCACAAAAAAAAAAAAAAUUGGUUGACAGUUAUUUAAUUUUCAUGACGGUCUUCGUCCAUAAUCGUCGAUUACAUGAUUAUACAGUAAUUGUGCUAGCCCUAGCCUUUAGCUGCAUGAAUAGAGCCAUGUUUCACCUCCAUACUGUCCUCGCCUUAAUAGUGGCAACCUGGUUCAUGCUGUGUCCAACAUGGGCUUGGACAGGGGAGAGCAGGCCCAGAGGGCGAUAUGGAAUGUGUAUAUGGGGCGGUGGGAGCCGAUGAGCCUCAGGGUGCGGACUGACUGCAGUGGACCACACAAUCGGUGCAGCUGGUAGAGGAUCAAACGCAUGCUUUUAGAGGGAGGUUUCAGGCAGCUUUAGCAGUUGUGAUAAAUCUGCUGACUGUGGGAACAGCAAGUGUUUUCCCAGCAUGUGGAAUCUGUAGUCACAGUGCCCAGUGUUGUUUUUCCCAUUGUGACCACCAAAGUCAGACUCAACAGGAUGAUUUCACCUGGAUGACCACUCUGCUGUUGUGACAGGCUUUUGUUUGCCUCACUUUAUUGUUCUUCACCCCCCCUUUCACAGUCUCUUGACAUAAGGCUCUCUUGGAAACUUAAAUUAAUGAGUCCUCUCUCUCCCUUUUUUUGUGGAGCAGAUUUACAACAUUCUCUAGGGGAUGUCUUGAGAGCAAUGGCUGCACAGGCAUUGUUUAUCUGGUAAAUUAAACUAUCAUUCUGGUGCAAGCAAAUCAAGUCACUCUCUCUCUCUCUCUCCAGAAUGUCCCUUAAUGGGUAUCAAAAUGCGAUUACUGUGUAGGAUAUGAAAUCUUUAUGCCUCUAUUGAAAUUAAUUGGACAUCGUUCGCCGAUUUUAAAGCGGAAUGUAUUGUGACUGGAAAAUGUUCCUUCACACUAUUUUUGUCAUGCAUGUUAUGUUAUGCUGCAACAAAAGUGCUUAUGCUUCAGACAGUUAAUCGUUGCACUGCAGGAAGUAUAAAGAUGUUAUUGGUUCCUGCUUUGGGACUACAAAGCUGUGACCCCCCCCCCCCCCCCCGCACCAGAUUAAUUUGUAUUAUUAUAGUAUUUCAUGAUCUGCCUAAUGAAGCAUGAAGAACUAAACGCAGGCCUAAUACAUUUACUUUCUAUUCAUUUAGUAGCAGAGUAUGUUGUGCAAAGCCUAUAGAGCUAUUAUGUAGCCUUCGUUCACACGCUACAGGUUCAUAAAUGCAAUGCAUAGCUUUAGAACCUUGUAUAAAAUCAUUAUCUUGAAGAGCGAGGCACCUUUGCAACCCACUAGUGCCAGACAGGCAUACUUUGCAUUGAAUAGUCAGCCUAGGUAAUAUUUAGUAACACUUUACUUUAGCCCCCUCUGUCAUAAAGCCAAAUGUCAUAGAAUAAAUAGACAUGAACACACUAGGCUAAUUGAAACGUACCACGGCGUGCUCCUCUGCAGUGUCAAUGUUUAUGCAAAAUGUUGUUUCACAUCUACAUUCUGCAUCUUGCCAUUUGCUCUAAAAGGCCUAGCUUGUUUGAAAUGCACCAUACACAUUUUGUUGACCUUUAUAACCCAGAUAUGAAACCUUUUAGGUAGGGACCUCACGAUAUGAUACUUAUCAUGAUACUUCAGUGCCGAUGCGAUUCUCACUAUUCUAUAUGCAUUGCGAUUCGAUACUGUGAUUUUAAUUGCGAUUCGACGUUCCAAAUAUAUUGCUCACCAAAUGUCUGCAGCGGGACAAGAGGGAGCCAUGAGAAAACACGUUUUGAUCAGUCAUGGAAAUAAGUGCUGAAAACAAAUUGGCUCCAUAUUUAAAAAUACAUUUAGGUGCUGGUACAGCCAACUAGCGCAAAAAUAAUAUUGCAAUAUUGUCAAAACUAUACGAUAUAUUGGCAAAAGUAAUAUCCCAAUAUGUAAUAUUGUUUUUCCACAACACCACUUUUAGGCCUAUUAUUUAAACCCAAACAGGCUACAACCUAUGCUAAAUAUCUUGAUUGCAUGGUCCUUAUUUACCUGUAGUUGAAUCAUGCCUGCUCUGCUGUUUUUACUCCAACCCACUUUGUUUCUCUCCUUCCCUCAGAACUUUAAAGCUGAUCCAGAGGAGCUGUUCACCAAGCUGGAGAGGAUAGGGAAAGGCUCUUUUGGAGAGGUGUUCAAAGGCAUUGACAAUCGGACUCAGAAAGUAGUGGCCAUUAAGAUAAUUGACCUUGAGGAGGCAGAGGAUGAAAUCGAAGACAUCCAACAGGAAAUAACAGUCCUUAGCCAGUGUGACAGUCCCUUUGUUACCAAGUAUUAUGGAUCAUAUCUGAAGGUAAGUUGACUAAACCAAAUGUUAUCUCAGAAUGCUGUGAGAAAGGAUUUUGGCUAGUCAAUCCACAUAUUGUCCUUAUUUUUUGUAUUAUUUUUUUACUCAAAGUGAUGUUCUUUUUCUACACACAUUUAAGGUGCUGUGCUCUAUUUGUGUUGCAGAUUUGGUGUAGUUGUUUUAGGUAUAGUUGUGUCAGUGGUGGUAUGUUUAACAAUUGCAGACAACUGUAUGUGGGUCAAUAAAUCAUUCAUACGGGCAAUGGGACAAGGCUCCCAUGAAUUGUGCCUGAGCGUUAGGCCUAUGGCAUGGGUUGGCACUAGUGCUGGCGAACAGAACACACAGGCAUACAUCGCACUUCACUUCACAUUGGCCUAUAUUACCUACAGUGGGGAAAAAAAGUAUUUAGUCAGCCACCAAUUGUGCAAGUUCUCCCACUUAAAAAGAUGAGAGAGGCCUGUAAUUUUCAUCAUAGGUACACGUCAACUAUGACAGACAAAAUGAGAAAAGAAAUUCCAGAAAAUCACAUUGUAGGAUUUUUAAUGAAUUUAUUUGCAAAUUAUGGUGGAAAAUAAGUAUUUGGUCAAUAACAAAAGUUUCUCAAUACUUUGUUAUAUACCCUUUGUUGGCAAUGACACAGGUCAAAUGUUUUCUGUAAGUCUUCACAAGGUUUUCACACACUGUUGCUGGUAUUUUGGCCCAUUCCUCCAUGCAGAUCUCCUCUAGAGCAGUGAUGUUUUGGGGCUGUCGCUGGGCAACACGGAUUUUCAACUCCCUCCAAAGAUUUUCUAUGGGGUUGAGAUCUGGAGACUGGCUAGGCCACUCCAGGACCUUGAAAUGCUUCUUACGAAGCCACUCCUUCGUUGCCCGGGCGGUGUGUUUGGGAUCAUUGUCAUGCUGAAAGACCCAGCCACGUUUCAUCUUCAAUGCCCUUGCUGAUGGAAGGAAGUUUUCACUCAAAAUCUUACGAUACAUGGCCCCAUUCAUUCUUUCCUUUACACGGAUCAGUCGUCCUGGUCCCUUUGCAGAAAAACAGCCCCAAAGCAUGAUGUUUCCACCCCCAUGCUUCACAGUAGGUAUGGUGUUCUUUGGAUGCAACUCAGCAUUCUUUGUACUCCAAACACGACGAGUUGAGUUUUUACCAAAAAGUUAUAUUUUGGUUUCAUCUGACCAUAUGACAUUCUCCCAAACCUCUUCUGGAUCAUCCAAAUGCACUCUAGCAAACUUCAGACGGGCCUGGACAUGUACUGGCUUAAGCAGGGGGACACAGCAGGAUUUGAGUCCCUGGCGGCGUAGUGUGUUACUGAUGGUAGGCUUUGUUACUUUGGUCCCAGCUCUCUGCAGGUCAUUCACUAGGUCCCCCCGUGUGGUUCUGGGAUUUUUGCUCACCGUUCUUGUGAUCAUUUUGAACCCACGGGUGAGAUCUUGCGUGGAGCCCCAGAUCGAGGGAGAUUAUCAGUGGUGUUGUAUGUCUUCCAUUUCCUAAUAAUUGCUCCCACAGUUGAUUUCUUCAAACCAAGCUGCUUACCUAUUGCAGAUUCAGUCUUCCCAGCCUGGUGCAGGUCUACAAUUUUGUUUCUGGUGUCCUUUGACAGCUCUUUGGUCUUGGCCAUAGUGCAGUUUGGAGUGUGACUGUUUGAGGUUGUGGACAGGUGUAUUUUAUACUGAUAACAAGUUCAAACAGGUGCCAUUAAUACAGGUAACGAGGGGAGGACAGAGGAGCCUCUUAAAGAAGAAGUUACAGGUCUGUGAGAGCCAGAAAUCUUGCUUGUUUGUAGGUGACCAAAUACUUAUUUUCCACCAUAAUUUGCAAAUAAAUUCAUUGAAAAUCCUACAAUGUGAUUUUCUGGAGAAAAAAAUUCUCAAUUUGUCUGUCAUAGUUGACGUGUACCUAUGAUGAAAAUUACAGGCAUCUCUCAUCUUUUUAAGUGGGAGAACUUGCACAAUUGGUGGCUGACUAAAUACUUUUUUUCCCCACUGUACAAUGUAUGUCAUGCAAGGACAGGAACACUGUGAAAAACCAAGAGACAUUGAGUAUCCUGUGUUGACUUGAUCGUGAGAGAUUGCAUCAUUUCCCGGCCUUGGUUGCUGUCAACCAUAAGUUUGAAAUGAAUGUGGAGUAGACAGAGUGCUAGUAGACCUACAUGUGAUGGGGCUUAAGUGGCUCUCACAGAGCAUGUAGUGUGUUAGUGGUUUACUUAAGGCCAGUGGGGAGAGUGCCAGUGGGCUGUCUGCUCCAGUUGUGCUGAUGGAUGGAUGGAUGAGGAGGGAGGGAGGCUAGCGAUGCGUGCGUGACUAACAGUGGGGCAGGCAGCAGGUGCUACUCCAGCCCUCGGAGCGCUGGAUCAUAUGUCUCAGACCCCAACAUCUGCUCGGAGAGAGAGAGAGAGAGCAGCCUGACAGCCUUCCAGCUCUGCUCUGGAGAAGCCAGCCAGCUAGCAACAGCCGGGCUCAUUCUGCCCCCUGUUCAGACAGACAAUUAGCCUGUAGCCUAUAGCACUAUCAGGCCUUCCAAGGCCAAGUCUAGAUAAAUGCAUGCACAUACUGAUGUUAUGCAGUCUCUGAAAAGGUAGGCAAAUCAUAUAGAACAAGGGUGUCAAACAUACGGCCCGGCCCGCGAGGGGAUCCAAUCCGGCCCGCGGGUGGUUUGAGUUGUUACUUUAAAAUGACUAAAACCAAAUCGAAACUGUGUGGAAAUGAUAAUGGACCUACGUGUCCAGCUCGCUAAUAAUCACCACAUUUUGACGGCUAGGAAGUAUAACCACACGGCGUACAUCAUUACGCGUCUACAAGGGGGAAAUCACUUCCGCAGCAUUCACAGCCAUUUAGAAACAAAAAUGGCCACUCGGGCAGAAUGGCCUUAAUGACAUAGAACUUAUAUUAUAAAUAAACCAUAUUGCAACCUGUCAACAGAGGUUUCAAUUUGGUUCAUUUAUAUAUUAUUCAGAUAUUUUCCCCCUGACUUCCAACCUUUGGUAUAGAAGCUUUCUUCUGCAGAGUCGGUCAUGUACAGUGAGGGGAAAAAAGUAUUUGAUCCCCUGCUGAUUUUGUACGUUUGCCCACUGACAAAGAAAUGAUCAGUCUAUAAUUUUAAUGCUAGGUUUAUUUGAACAGUGAGAGACAGAAUAACAACAACAAAAAUCCAGAAAAAAACGCAUGUAAAAAAUGUUAUAAAUUGAUUUGCAUUUUAAUGAGGGAAAUAAGUAUUUAACCCCCUCUCAAUCAGAAAGAUUUCUGGCUCCCAGGUGUCUUUUAUACAGGUAAGGAGCUGAGAUUAGGAGCACACUCUUAAAGGGAGUGCUCCUAAUCUCAGUUUGUUACCUGUAUAAAAGACACCUGUCCACAGAAGCAAUCAAUCAGAUUCCAAACUCUCCACCAUGGCCAAGACCAAAGAGCUCUCCAAGGAUGUCAGGGACAAGAUUGUAGACCUACACAAGGCUGGAAUGGGCUACAAGACCAUCGCCAAGUAGCUUGGUGAGAAGGUGACAACAGUUGGUGCGAUUAUUCGCAAAUGGAAGAAACACAAAAUAACUGUCAAUCUCCCUCGGCCUGGGGCUCCAUGCAAGAUCUCACCUCGUGGAAUUGCAAUGAUCAUGAGAACGGUGAGGAAUCAGCCCAGAACUACACGGGAGGAUCUUGUCAAUGAUCUCAAGGCAGCUGGGACCAUAGUCACCAAGAAAACAAUUGGUAACACACUACGCCGUGAAGGACUGAAAUCCUGCAGCGCCCGCAAGGUCCCCCUGCUCAAGAAAGCACAUAUACAUGCCCGUCUGAAGUUUGCCAAUGAACAUCUGAAUGAUUCAGAGGAGAACUGGGUGAAAGUGUUGUGGUCAGAUGAGACCAAAAUCGAGCUCUUUGGUAUCAACUCAACUCGCCGUGUUUGGAGGAGGAGGAAUGCUGCCUAUGACCCCAAGAACACCAUCCCCGCCGUCAAACAUGGAGGUGGAAACAUUAUGCUUUGGGGGUGUUUUUCUGCUAAGGGGACAGGACAUCUUCACCGCAUCAAAGGGACGAUGGACGGGGCCAUGUACCGUCAAAUCUUGGGUGAGAACCUCCUUCCCUCAGCCAGGGCAUUGAAAAUGGGUCGUGGAUGGGUAUUCCAGCAUGACAAUGACCCAAAACACACCGCCAAGGCAACAAAGGAGUGGCUCAAGAAGAAGCACAUUAAGGUCCUUGAGUGGCCUAGCCAGUCUCCAGACCUUAAUCCCAUAGAAAAUCUGUGGAGGGAGCUGAAGGUUCGAGUUGCCAAACGUCAGCCUCAAAACCUUAAUGACUUGGAGAAGAUCUGCAAAGAGGAGUGGAACAAAAUCCCUCCUGAGAUGUGUGCAAACCUGGUGGCCAACUACAAGAAACGUCUGACCUCUGUGAUUGCCAGCAAGGGUUUUGCCACCAAGUACUAAGUAAUGUUUUGCAGAGGGGUCAAAUACUUAUUUCCCUCAUUAAAAUGCAAAUCAAUUUAUAACAUUUUUGACAUGCGUUUUUCUGGAUUUUUUUGUUGUUAUUCUGUCUCUCACUGUUCAAAUAAACGUACCAUUAAAAUUAUAGACUGAUCAUGUCUUUGUCAGUGGGCAAACGUACAAAAUCAGCAGGGGAUCAAAUACUUUUUUCUUUCACUGUAGUAUUUAUGUUUGUGCCAGAUCAUGGCUCUUCCUCAUGACCCUUAUAUGAGUGCAUAGGCUACUUCCUAAUCUCUUGGGUAUUGUUAGCUGUGAGGGCCUCAUCUUGGGCCAGUGCAUGGCUGUGUGGGUCUAGUAUUGUGUAAGGAUCAGCCACCAGCAUCUGAAGCAUGCACUCUUCCACGUUGCUACUAGUGAGAAGACAAUUCUCAAGGCGAUAUGCUCUGAUGGAGGCUUAUGUCUGCUCUCACCAUAGGCUUGCUCCCUCCCUAAGACGAAGUUGGGGGGGCGGUGGGACUACGGUUCUUCUCCCAUGUGAUUGGCUCAGUGCAGGGCCCAUUACUUCACAUACUGUUGUGUUAUGGUUUACAAAUGAAAUGCUCUGUCUGCUCCCAUACUGAGGAUGCAUGCUGGUUAGUUAGUAUGUCAAGCUGAUGCACUCUCAACACAGGCUGCAUCUCAGACUGAAGAGGUUCAAGCCAGUGAGACUGACUGAUUUAUGGGUCAUAAAGAGUCUGAAUGGUCUUAUGUGUUCCGACGUAUAGGCCGACACACUGGAUUGGUAUACCUAGAAACUCCCAGUUAGUAUUUAUUUGACCUAAGGCUAGCCUCCUAUAGAAAUGUUGUAUUAUGCUCUCUCUAUCUCAAGGUUAUCAAGUCUGCUAUAAUAAUGUGUAGACCUAAACUGUCCUAUAGGACCAGGCCUCAGGCCACUACACCUAAUGAAAGCAAAGGGGCUUCAGCAGUACUUAAUUUCCUCCUCCAAAGCACAUUGUUAAUGUGCUGCAUUAUUGAACUGCACUUGGUCCAGGCAUCACUAGGCUGUUAUGGCUUCAUACCUUAAAUUACCUAAUUGUCCAUUAUCUAAUAUGAUCCCUGAUGCAGCCAGAUGUGCUGUGAUUGGCUCCCCUAGGCUCACUGGGGGAAGGGAUUGCUGAAGUGCUUAGUUUAAGCUGCCUUUUAAUAUGUAUGAAAAUGGUUUAACUUUUAUGAAAGCGAAGGGAGGAGAUUAUUAGCAUUAAAUGAGAGGUUAGCGCUGUCUUGAUUUUGAGAUUUAAUUUCCCCUUCCACUGUAUUCCAGUAUGAUGCUAAAUUAUAACUGUACAGGUUGAUCUGUUUUAAUGGAGACUCCGCAUGAUUAUAAAAGCAUUCUCUCAUUUCAGGAUGCAAAAUUAUGGAUUAUUAUGGAAUAUUUAGGAGGAGGAUCAGCUCUGGAUUUGGUAAGUUUCACUAAGAUUGAGGUGAUGUAGGCCUACACAAUCCAAAGGCUAUAAUCACAUUUCAGUCACGGUGCAUGCAAGUAGCCUAACCAAAUAUUGGUUCAGUAAGACCCUCGACACAAGCCUUCUUGUUGUUUCAGUUGGAGCCGGGUGCCUUGGACGAAACCCAGAUAGCCACAAUUCUCAGAGAGAUCCUGAAGGGGCUUGAGUACCUGCACUCUGAAAAGAAAAUCCACAGAGAUAUUAAAGGUACUGUUCAGAGCACUGUUUGUUUCAUCCCUUUAGCAACAUAGUAUUGUCUAUGUUUAGAUGUAUGGCCAACUGUUGCAACAUGAAUAGCCAACUGUCUUAUUUAACUGGCCAACAUGGUAAAUAUCCUAGCCUGUACUGUUUGUGUUGUUUCCCCCAGCCGCCAAUGUGUUGCUGUCGGAGCAAGGAGACGUGAAGCUGGCAGACUUUGGAGUGGCGGGGCAGUUAACGGACACUCAGAUAAAGAGGAACACGUUCGUGGGCACUCCGUUCUGGAUGGCACCUGAAGUCAUAAAACAGUCUGCGUACGACUCAAAGGUCUGAAAUGCCACAAGCUCUCUCUCAGGUUCAAGGUUAAGAUGACACGUCAGUUCAUAGGUUCAUCCACGUGUUACAAUGGGUCAUGGGAAAUGUCAACAAAAUGUUGAACGCUAACUGUGUUUUCCAUAGUUGUCCAAUGAAGAUUAUUUUUCCUGCCACUGAAUUGCACCGUUGUGCUGUGUAAAGUAGAGGCAUUGCAGAAGUAGCUUCAGCUCUGUGACCUGCUUUGAUCACACUAGAAGCCAGUGCACAGCACUGCACACAGAUGGAAAUAUCACCAGACACAUUAGGAACGGCCACAACAUGCGGCAAACCAGAAACAUUGUCUCGUCCUGGGUUCCUUAAAUGGACUAUUACAGCCUCAGUUGAUAUAGGCCUACUAAAUCGGGCCUUCCUAGUGGGUGUGAAUGUUGUUACUAGCUGGUGCGCUAAUGUGUGAAUAUAAAAUGGAACCCUCUAGUCAAGUUUCAAGAAAUGUUAUUUAUCACUUUCAUCCUGUGAAUCAUGCCAUCUGUAUAUCAGUUGCAUCACCAAACCGGCCCUGUUGGUAUUUCCUAUGAUGUUUGAAGUGAGUAGUGGGAGUGUGACGAAUUUGUUCACAAAUUUUAUUGUUGUGUCUCAGGCGGAUAUCUGGUCGCUAGGCAUAACGGCCAUAGAGCUAGCCAAAGGAGAGCCGCCCCACUCAGAGCUCCACCCUAUGAAGGUCUUAUUCCUCAUCCCAAAGAACAACCCGCCCACCCUGGAAGGAAACUACUGCAAACCCCUCAAAGAAUUCAUAGAAGCCUGUUUGAACAAAGAGCCCAGCUUUGUAAGUGGUGUUUGGGGAGAAAUCGAGCUCAAAUUGCCAUUCUGAUAAUUGUCUUCUUUCUAGAAAGUCAACCCUCUCUGUACAUUAUACAAAGAUGCUAAUGUUGAGCACAUCCAAUAUUUACACUUGCUUGACGCUCUGCGCCUCCUCAGAGGCCAACUGCCAAAGAGCUGCUGAAACACAAGCUGAUCAUCCGGCAUGCCAAGAAGACAUCCUACCUUUCAGAGCUGGUGGACAAGUACAAGAGGUGGAAAGCAGAGCAGUCUCGGGAGGAAUCCAGCGAAGAUGAGUCGGACUCGUAAGUCAUUCUCAUUUGGUCCCUUCGUCUGUCCUCUAGUGUUAUUCAGCAGAUCGUGGCCACUCUUUUCGCUGCAAUUCACACAGAAGGGGUGGUUUACCAGAUUGUGUUUUGGAACAGUUCACUGUAAUGCUCUUUUAAAGGUGCAUGCUUCAGACUGUGUCUCCAUGUCUAAAGGUUGUCUCAAUGUCUUCUCAGGGAGCAGGAUGGUCAGGCGUCUGGAGGGAACGACUCUGGGAACGAUGACUGGAUCUUCAACACCAUCAGGGAGAAGGACCCCAAGAAGUUCCUGAAUGGAGCCGCCCAGCCUGAUGAGCUGGAGAGGAACAAGGUAAGAUGGCACCUGGUUGAAAUAGCAAUAUAACAGCAGUCAUCAGUCACAUGAAAGGGGAUUCAAGAGAGAAAUGCAACUUAGUUUGGGAGUUUGUUUCUCAUGGUUAUUCUCACGCCAAAUGCUGAUUUAAGCAUAGUGUAUAUUCAUACCUCAAGCUUUCUCGUUUCAGUUUUUUAUAUACAUCAUAAUUUAACCAAACAGAGGAGUUCAGGAAGUGGUUUCUGGGCGUUUUCAAUCUCAUGUGGUGUCUCUGUUUAGAAUGCUGACCUUUUACUCUUCUGUUUUUUUUUAGCUCUUUCUCUGAGCCAUCGUUGUAGAAUGAGUGAUUAUACUUCCUUUUUCAGGUGCGAGAAAGUCCAAAGAGGCCUUUGUCACAGAGCUUGUCCACUAUAAUUUCCCCUUUGUUUUCUGAGGUAAGAAUGUAUUUAUGCAAAUGUUAGCUUUUUAUCUUCGGACCUCUUAUGAUGUUCCUAUUUCUAUUUUUAUAUUUUCACUGAAAGGUAUAACCGAGAAUCUCAAUCAAGUUAAAUUAUUCAGUGUCAUACUGUUCUAAGAUCUGGGUGUUGAAGCUAUUGAGGCUACAGCUGCGCACAUGCAUAGAGCCCCACCGUGGAGGCGUCAUAAUAUCCAUAAAACCUAGCAGUCAAACGAGGACAUGGUUCCAAUCGUUUUUCCACCAUUCAUUUUUCCCAUAGGGGAUUUUAGAAACACUUAAAAUAAGGGCUGUGUUAUGUGUAGGCUUACCCUGGCGUGACGUUUUGAUAACCAUGUAAAUCUCUCUAGGACAAGCUGACUGAACCAUUUCCCUGUUUGACCGCUAGGUCUUAUGGGUAUUAUGACUCAUACUGUGGUACUCUAUUAGGAUUAUCCAGUAAACCAUGUGUCAAACCCAAGUGUCUUAGGGUUUUCACUCCUCCCUUGUACUUGAUUGAUGAAGUAAGGGUGGUCCUCUGUAGCUCUAUUGGUAGAGCAUGGCGCUUGUAACGCCAGGGUAGUGGGUUCGAUCCCCGGGACCACCCAUACGUAAAAAAAAUGUAUGCACACAUGACUGUAAGUCGCUUUGGAUAAAAGCGUCUGCUAAAUGGCAUAUAUUAUUAUUAUUAUUAUUAUUAUUAUUAUUAUAAUUAGUAAAGAACUCCCCACACCUGCUUGUCUAGGUCUUAAUUGAAAAAACAAAAACCAGCAGACACUAGGCCCUCCAUGGAAUGAGUUUGACAUCCCUGCAGUAAACGGUCUCUCCUUCCCUUGCAGUUAAAAGAGAAGCAGGUUGAGGCGACCAAUGGCAAGCCAGAGGCUGUAGAUGAGUUGAGGGAGGCCAUUUUCCUGGCAGAAGAGUCAUAUCCUGGCAUCUCUGACUCCCUGGUGUCUGAACUAGUGCAGAGACUACAGAGGUAAUGGCAAUACCAUCAUUGCCUCCAUGAUUUGAUUAGGUUAUAGCUUCAAGGUUUCUGCUCAUACAUUUUCAUUUUAUUCCAACAUUAGGGUGCAGACCUGUUGUUUCUCACACCUCCAUCGCAAGCUACAUCUUCACAUUUUUAAUUCCUCCUUUGCUUCUGCAGGUUUUCUCUACCCAGGGCCGCCUCCUUUCAGUGAGACCUGCUGUGUCCAGCAACCCUCCACCUCCCACCCAUAGCAGCAGUCAGUCCAUGGCCUCUGACAUCAACAGCCAAGAUGAAGUCUCCCAGGAA